GAGAAGUAGUGGAUAAAGAUAGAUAGAUAUUACGUAUUCUCUUUCUUCCAAACCUAUCACGAUCUACUGGCCUUAAACAGCUUUAAUUUCUUACUUUAACUAAUAAUCUAAUUCUCAUGUAUAAUAAUACCCUCUGAUUUUUUCUUCCUAAUUUCGGGUCGAUAUUAAACUGAGCUCGUUUUUGCCUUUCUUCUGCGUUCUCUUUUAUCUUAAGGAUAAAACAUGUCGCACCAACCAGGAGAUGAUGCUGAAUACAUGGCAGAUGAAUAUGAAAUGGAGGAUAUAGAUGACGAUAUGGAUGAUGAGUUCCACGGCAGAGACAUGGGUGGCUCUGAUUCAGAUGUAGAUGAGUAUGACUACAUGAAUAAUAAAAUGCAAGAUACCUCUGCUGCUGAGGCAAGGAGAGGCAAAGACAUUCAAGGGAUCCCCUGGGAAAGGCUUAGCAUAACCAGGGAGAAAUACAGGCAAACGAGAUUAGAGCAGUAUAAGAACUAUGAGAAUAUUCCUCAAUCUGGGGAGGCAUCAGAGAAGGAAUGCAGUGCCACAAAGAAAGAGUGUUUAUAUUAUGAAUUCAGACGUAAUUCACGAUCUGUUAAAUCAACAAUUUUACACUUCCAGCUGAGGAACUUGGUCUGGGCAACUUCCAAGCAUGAUGUGUACCUUAUGUCACAUUUCUCCGUCAUUCAUUGGUCAUCCUUGACUUGCGCUAAAAAUGAAGUUCUCAAUGUAUCAGGGCAUGUAGCACCAUGUGAGAAACAUCCUGGAAGCCUUUUAGAAGGAUUUACGCAGACACAAGUCAGCACACUUGCAGUGAAAGAUAACUUGCUUGUUGCUGGGGGAUUUCAAGGGGAACUUAUUUGCAAGUAUCUAGAUAGGCCCGGAGUUUGUUUCUGCUCCAGGACUACAUAUGAUGAUAAUGCCAUUACUAAUGCUGUUGACAUUUAUAACACUGCCAGUGGUGCACUACAUUUUAUAGCUUCAAAUAACGAUUGUGGAGUUAGAGAUUUUGAUAUGGAGAAAUUUCAACUGUCCAAGCAUUUUCACUUUUCCUGGCCAGUAAAUCAUACAUCACUGAGCCCUGAUGGUAAGCUUCUCGUAGUAGUUGGGGAUGAUCCUGAAGGUAUAUUAGUUGACUCGAGGAACGGAAAGACUGUUGCACCUUUGUGUGGACAUGUAGACUACUCAUUUGCAUCAGCAUGGCAUCCUGAUGGCAUAACUUUUGCAACUGGGAACCAGGAUAAAACCUGCAGAAUAUGGGAUUUGCGGAACUUAUCCAAGUCAGUCACUGCUUUGAAGGGUAACCUUGGAGCUAUUCGGUCGAUCCGCUACACAUCUGAUGGCAGAUAUAUGGCUAUGGCUGAGCCUGCGGAUUUCGUCCAUGUUUUUGAUGUAAAAAGUGGGUAUGAGGAGGAGCAAGAAAUUGAUUUUUUCGGUGAGAUAUCUGGCAUGUCUUUCAGCCCUGAUACAGAGUCACUGUUCGUUGGAGUUUGGGAUCGUACAUAUGGUAGCCUCCUUGAGUUUGGACGCCGCCACAAUUAUUCCUACCUUGACACAAUAAUCUGAGAACUCCGUUGGCUGGUUUGGGUGUGUUCAUUUCCCCUACAAGUGGUUCUGGCACAGCUUAGUCAACUAGUAGCAUAGACAGAGGUAGUAAUAGAUUUAGGUGUAUAUUUUGUUACAUUGUGCUAGUUAGGUAUGUCUCAUAAAGUGUUGUGCACCGGUCAAAUGCCAAUAUAAGGAGUGGAGGGAUGUAUAGAACGCUAGCUCCAGAAGUGAACAAGAAAAUAAGGGGGGGUUUCCUUGGGCAGAGACUACAAGAUCUUGUGUGUGUGUCAUGUGUGGGUAUCAUUGGUUUGGCAAUUUCAACAGGCAUUGUCGAAGGGGAAAAAGAAAACUUGGCCAUCCGUGAUGUCUGCAUCAAAAUUUUGAGUAACAUUAGUGACAGCAUGGGAGUCAUUUUUUCUUCUUCUAAUUUUCUUAUUUGAUUAGGAACCAUUGCUAUGAUUCUUAAAGUCAUGUACAUUAAUUUUUGAAAUUGUUAUUUUUCUUGACUUAAUGUACAGACAUGUUAUUGCAAA